AUGGCUAACAAGGUGGUUAAAGGUGCUGAAAUUGCGAGGCAACUGCCAUUAUCGCGGCGUAUUUUUGCCGCUGUAGCAGAGUGGUGGCAAAACGCUUCGGGUUAUCGAAAAUACGGCUUAAAGAGAGAGGACUUGCUAAACGAUGAAAUACCAAAUAUUGCCGAAGCUUUACGUAGAUUACCAGAGGAUGAAUACAUGGCUAGACAGUGGAGAAUUAAGAGGGCUUUAGACUGUUCUCUUAAAAAUACUUAUCUACCUAGAGAAGAAUGGACGAAGGUUGAAGAUGAUAAAUUUUACUUAAAACCGUAUCUGGAUUUGGUCGAGAAGGAAAAAACUGAAAGAAAAUCUUUCGAUAACCAGUGAUUAAGUUGGAAUUAACUUAGCAUUUUAAUCAUAAUACAUUUAUGGUGUAGUUUUCUUAUUGCUUAUAUUGCAUAUUUCUAUUCGGUACCUAAUUGGCUUUGCUGACAACAACAAGAUAUAAAUUAAUGGUUGCUUACAAGUCACUGUUUAUCUAAAAGAAUGGAUAAUUGCAUAGCUUUUAUCGUAUUAGGAGUUCUUUACUGUAUUGUAAUGUAUACAACGUUUAUACGAUAUUAGCUGCGAAAGAUUGAUCUGCAAAAUAAAAA